CUCUCUCAGUCUCGCUCUCUGCACUCACUCUCAGUCUCACUCGACGAAACCCAGAGCCGGCGGCGAACCCACCUUCUCGCAGCACCUUCCAGCACCGGCGAAGCCCUUCCUCCCACCACCUCGCAGCGCCGCUGAACCUUUCCUCCCAGGUUCCCAGCACCUCCUCGCAGACAGCACCACCCAGCCCCAGCCAGCACCACCCUCGUGGAGUCGCGGUCGUGGACACUACACCACCCAGCACCAUCCAGCAGCCAGCAGUGCACCACCCCCGGCGCCACCAACAGGACCGAUCUGGCCACCCGCAGCACAGUACAGCACCGACCACCCAGCCACCGAUUCAAGUCAGAUAUGGAGCCCGAACCUCCGAGUCAGGUAUAGGAUGCAUCCAGAGAUAUGCAAAUCCUCUUCAGUCUUCUACAAAAAUUUUUCAAGCUUAACCACUGAAAACAAAACACUGCCACUGAUUCAUUCAAUCGUCAAAUUUGUUCCUUUUUCUCAUUUCUGAAUUCUACGAUGCAAAGGGUAUCUUCAACAAUCUCAAGGACCAUAGCUUCUUUGCCCAAGGCCAGAAGCCCGUUUCUGCUUAAACGCCCUUUCUUUGCAGCAACUACCCAGAAAUCGCAGCAGCCGGAGAUUUCGGGAGAUUUCUGGAAAUGGGGUUCGGUUGGGUUUUGCAGGACGUCAAAGUUCGCCAGUGGGUUCACUCCUUUGCAGCCAAAGCCCUUGGAUUCCAUUGUAGAUGUUGAAAGAUUGAAGGACCGCUACCCUGAUGAUAUUGCUUCUAUUUGGGAUGAUUAUCACUUGGGAAGAGGUCAUAUUGGAGCAUCCAUGAAAGCAAAACUUUAUAACCUGCUGGAGCAUAGAGCUUCAGAAUGCCGAUAUUUUGUCAUUCCUGUGUGGAGAGGAAGCGGUUAUACGACAAUGUUUGUUCAAGUGCAGAUGCCACACAUUCUUUUUACGGGUCUUGAAGAUUACAAGGCCAGGGGAACACAAGCAGCCCCCUACUUUACUGUGACCUUUUACAAAGAAUUUGCUGAGACCAAGGACUUGGUGCUUAUCCGUGGGGAUGUUGUGUUUACCAGCAAGCUGACCGACUCUGAGGCGGAAUGGCUAAUAGAAACUGUUCAGUCUUUCUAUUUGAAUGAUGCGAGGUACAAACUGGUUGAGAGGUUCAACAAAGAAACACAUAAUUUUGAGUUUAAGGAUGUCUUGCAAGCGUUGAACAUGCCGAUUCUGUGACCACUUUUAAUUGGACAAAUACUAAAUUGCUGCAACAAGCAAAGAAGAAGGGUUGAUUGGAGCUAGGACAUUGAAGUUGCAAAUGAACCUGUUUAUCGAGAUGUCUGUCUGCAGCCUAUGGUGAAGGGAGACACAAAAUGGAAAUGACUCAUGGCAAGGUUAGAGGAGAUAUUUCUUCAUUUUUUAUUUGUUAAAGUCUUGCAUUCAAUUACUUUUUAUGUGUUUCCUUCUGGUGCAAGGAAGGGACUAGAAGUUAACUUUCAAUUAUAUAUAUCCCCAAAUGUAGUCUUGUUUCUUUCUUUCUUGCUGAAACAUUACUUACCCAGUUACCAAUAAAGUAUAAUGAAGGAUGUGUGAAACUAGAAAAACAUCAAUACUAUUUAUGAACAUUGAUCUA